GUAUCGCCUUGCUCACGCUGUUUCAAACUAUAACAAAGUUCUAAUGGAGAACAGAAAGCUGUACAAUCAAGUGCAAGAUCUUAAAGGAAGUAUUAGGGUAUACUGUCGAGUUAGACCCUUUCUACAGGGGCAAUUGAGUAGUAACACUGUCAGUUGUAUUGAAGAUGGAAGUAAUACAAUUAUCAACCCUUCAAAAUAUGGCAAAGAAGGGCACAGGUCUUUUAACUUCAAUAAAGUGUUUGGUCCAUCUGCAUCCCAAGAGGAGGUUUUCUUGGACACCCAACCUUUAAUUCGCUCAGUUCUUGAUGGUUCCAACGUAUGCAUAUUUGCUUACAGACAAACUGGAUCAGGAAAAACCUAUACUAUGUUGCUGGAAUGUUUUUGA